UGGCCGCCUUUGCUAAGUUGGCAACAGUGGCAAUAAUUAUUUGUUGUGAAAAAGUUAAAAAGUAAAUGCAACUUUGAAAGAAAAAUGAAUCCAAACAUGAAUAUGAUGCAAAUGGGUGGGCCUUCCAUGAUGCAAGUGUCGCCCAUGAUGCAGUCGUCGCCACAGCCAAUGAUGCCCUCCGGACCACCGGGACCAGUACCAAUGCAACAGCAGCAGCAUCAACAACAACAACAGCAACAACAGGCGGAGAAACUGGACAACAUAUCGAGGGUGAAGAGCCUGUUGGGUCCGUUGCGGGAAUCGAUGUUCCUAACAAUACGCUCCAGUGCGUUCACACUGCAACAGAAUAACCUGGCAGACAAUUUAAAACGUGAUACUGGCGGACAUGGACAUGUGCCCCGUUUUGACAAGCAUCUGGAGGAUUUCUAUGCGUGCUGCGAUCAAAUGGAACUGCACCUAAAAACGGCAAUUCAAUGCAUGCAACAAUUGACUUCGUCCCAGCAUUAUCUUCCUGGUGCUGUGACUGCCAUGAGAAUGGAGAACUUUAUGCAAGAUAAUCCAGCUGGCCCCAUUCCCUAUCCAACGUAUUUAAAUACAGUGCGUGUGCACGUACAGUCCGCGAAAGAUAUUCACGACACUCUCAUUAGUGCGGCGCAAAAUAUAUCUCAGGCUGAUUGAUAAUUGUUGUACAUUUAUGUUUAAUUGUAUUUAGUUAUUAAAAAAUAUUUUAUUUAAGAGAUAUACCAGAAUAUAUAAAGCAGACAUAACAUCA